AUGGAUGUAGAUAUGGUCGGUAUCCGCUCAGCAGAAUGCCCUGGAACCCAUCAGAGGCUGACUUCCCAUCAGGAUUUUCUCGCCUUCGAGUGCCGCGACAAGGAGGACCAGGCAAGGGCUGCGUACAACGGCCCUCUGCGCCGUACCAACCGCACCCUCGUCGAUGAGAACAUGCGCCUGAAACGCCUCCUUCGAGAGAACGGCAUCGCCUGGUCCGCGGUCUCGCAGGACCAUCUGGUCCAGCCCAACAAGCGCAAGACUCGGUCGUCGAUGACGUCUCAGGAUCUGGGCCGUCCGCAUCUCCCGGUAGAGGUCAUUCUCCGUAUCCUUCACUUUGCCAUGAUGAGCCCCCACCCCAUCAUCGAUCCGCUGUCGGCCCUCACCCCCGCGAACCUCUCCGAGGACGAGAGGGCGAGAGGCAAUCAGAUUGCCAUCCACUUCCUGGCCACGUGCAGGUCCCUCUAUACCGAGGGUAUCAGGAUGCUCUGGAGCCUGAACACAUUCGUCUUCACCACGCCCGAGGCUGUCCGCGCCUUUGGCGAACUGAACGCCGAGUAUCGCAGCCGGAUAUCGCACGUCAACUUCCGCAUCGUUGCACGGUACUACGACGACCAGGACCGGAAGCAUAGGCUCGGCCGCUCGUACCACCGCCACAUGAAGAAGGAGGUGAAGCUCAGGGUUGAGCAGAGGCCAAAGGAGGUUCCCAUCAUCCGGGGUGGUUUCCGCUCCUACACCUGGAACCAGGUUGCCGACUUCUUGACCGGUCUCCGUGCUCCCUACGAUCCCUCGUUCCACCUCAAGUCGACGCCGCGACCGAAGCUGCUUCCCUCUCUCACGUCACUUCGCCUCGACCUGGUCAACUUCUCCGACACGGUCAUCCCCUUCUCCGGCCCCGAUUUCCACGACAUAACUUCCCACGAGUUUGGCUGCAACCUCAAUGAGAUACAGGUGACGGGCAUGCCUCACGACGAUCCCGGCAUGAAGGCCAGCGCCGAGCUGAGCGGCCUGCUCAAGGACGAGGGUCUGUAUCUGGACGGCCAGGCGGCCUUUGUGGCGCCCGUCAACCGGCCCCUCAUACCGCUCAAGGGCGACCGAUGGUGCAGCCGUGUUGUCAGGGCCCAGAGGGAGUCGAGUUACGAGUCGGAUUCGGAAUUCGACAUGAUCCCCGACACCAUCUUUAGCCGCGGCCACGCCAAGAUUGGAAUCAUGCCACCAGCACCUGCCGAGACCGGUCACCCCACGUCGACGAGGCCCGACGACGUUGUCAUCUGGAAGCGGGUCCCCACCUCUCGCGACUCAGACGAGCGAGUCUGGGUGCAGUUUUGCCGGCACAAUGGAUACGAGAUGACGGAUCGCAUCUUGGAUCACGACCUGUGUCCCUGCUGUGGCGACCCGCGCCGUCCAAACAAUAUUGAUUUCUCGGACGAAGACGACGACGACCUCGAUUGA